GUGCGGGUCACGUGAACAGAGGGUUGGAAACGUCUGAACGGAAAUGGCAGGUUCGAGGAGCUCCACUCGAUUAAUGGGUGCUUAUAUUCUGUUUUUCGUCCCCUUUUUGGCUUUGGGGACCGCCACGUCUCAAGUGCCAUUUCUUAUGUGGUCCAGUGAACGCUUACCACCACUGGCUUCGCCUGCAGCUGGUCAUAUAACCUCUUAUGAGCAGCUGAGUGCCUACCUCACCUCUGCCUUCAGCUCUGGCUCCCACACUGUGCUGCUGUUCCUGCAGGACAAGUUAAGCAAAGAUGACUUCACAGUCUUCGGUGGCGCAUUUGGGAACAAGCAAGAUAGUGCCUUUAAAAACCUUGAGGCUGCAAUUCAGUCUUCUUCCUCAUCGGUGACGCUGCCUGCCUUGGAGUGGACGGGCUCCUUUGACGUAGCAGCUUUGCUGCAGGAGAAGCUUGGCGUUUCACCUCUGCUUGUUGAUGCAGACACUCUGUCACACCUGAGCAUCAAAACAUCUGUCAGCAACCUGCUGCUCAUCAAUCUUCCAUAUUGUAGCAGCUUGCAGAAGUCAUGCAAGGAAGUCCUACAUGAAAAUGAUGAGAUUAUUGGAAAUGCUCUGAGUUUGAUGAAAGCCAAAAAAGUCCCAUACACAGCGAUAUACACAGGACUCAGGCCAUCGCGAGUGAUUUCAGAACUACCUGUGUCUGAUCAGUCGGUGGGUCGGACCUUGCAACAAACAGCUGUACCUGAUGUCAAGCCUCCCAUCAUAUUUAAUGGAUCGGGUGGUCCCUGCAUAAUGCUGUGGGCUCAGAAUCUCAGCGUCAGACUUAGCCAAAACUCACCAUGGACCGACCUUGCUCAGGAAACACCUUCCUUGUCAGGAUCAUUCUGUGAUGGCAGUACCUCACAGCUUGUGCUCACUUACUUAUCAGGCUUUAAUUUAAGCUUUGUACUGAGGCAGCGGUUCUAUUCUGUGUCUGCACGAAACUGGUCUAUCCUGGACACUGUUGAACUGAAGUACAAAAAUCUAAGUGCCUCUUACACUGCAAACCGUAGCAUCUAUACUCCUGCGGAGUAUUCCUUCCACUGCCAGUCUGUCACCAACUUUGGAGAUGCCCUGCUCUUUCCAAAAAUCACAGACCAAAACUCAUCAGAGUGGAGUUUAAAUUUUAUUGACUUCCAGAUUCAGGGCUUUGGGUUGUCCAACAGCACAGAUUUCUCCUACGCCAGUGACUGCGCGAGCUUCUUCACCCCAGCAAUUUGGAUGGGACUGUUGACUGUGCUGCUUAUGCUGCUGAUUUUGGUGUACGGUCUGCACAUGAUCAUGCAGGUUAACACCAUGGAUCGAUUCGAUGACCCCAAAGGCCCAACGAUUUCAGUUCCUCAGACAGAGUGAAUCCCUUAAUAAGAAAAAGGGAAAAAAAAAAAAACACUCCUCAGUUUUCGAGUGCCCCUUAGUAGAUCUGGGAUAGAGGAAAGUACCCCUUUGCCUUAUAGCUUUUGUUUGUUUGGGUCUUUUUCUUUACUGAAUUUUAUUGUAUGUUUCUUUUGAGUCCUUCCACAGCUGUAUUUUUUUGUUAUUUCUCAGAAGCGGCUAUUUUGGCACAUUCUACAUCAACUCACCAUAUUUACAGAUUCCUUAGUGUCUUUUUAUUGUUUUGUUUUGUUUUGUUUUUUUUAGAGCAUGUGCUCAGAUAUGUGCCAAAUUCUUGGUGCCAGACGCAGCUGAUAUUUUUACUAAAAUAAUUUGCACGCACAUCUGAGAAUGACUUCUUUGCCAAGAUGAAUGUGAUCGCUGAAUGCUGUAGGACCGUUUCAGACCUCACUUCUUAACUUUUUAAAUUUUCCCCGAGCUUAAGUGUAAUUUAAAGACUACUGGUAAUGAAAGAAGUGCCUGUGUGUAUAAAUGAUCAUUUGUGAUAUGCUGCUUUGAAAUUGUGUUACAGAAGUUUCCUAAUAACUUAACAUUGAUUCAGUUCUGUUGCCAUUCACUUGUCAUGGCCAAAUGGCACAUGUACACCACUGAUAUCCAAUAUUUUCUUGGCAAGUAAUUUAUUUGUAUAAAAGGACUUUAUCUGCCUUUAAAGUACCCUCUGCUUCAUGGUGAUCAGCUAUUUUAAUGACAGUGCCUUGUUUUCAAAAAUAUUGAUGCGCAUUUGCAGUGUGCAACAUGCUUUGUUUAAUUGCAAAUAAAAGAUAAAUUCCUAUGUAA